AUGAAAUGUCUCUUUCUUGAUUAUGAAGCAGGACAUAAAGCCUGUGACAUUACGACACAUGAUACUCAUAGAUCCAUGGAUGUCAUUGCAGGAGGACCAUUUUAUCCAGUGGAACUGGGGAGACGUGAUGGGAGGAUAUCAACCAAGGCUAGCGUUCAACGCAGGCUGCCAAGUCCUGACUUCAAUUUAGACCAGCUCAAUUCCUUGUUUGCUUCGCUUGGUCUUAACCAAACUGACGUCAUUGCUUUAUCAGGCGCACACACACUUGGGUUUUCUCACUGUAGCCGCUUCUCCAAAAGAAUCUACAACUUCAGUCCCAGAAACAAGAUUGACCCAACACUCAAUCUUCAAUAUGCACUUCAGCUAAGGCAAAUGUGCCCAAUAAAUGUAGACCCAAGAAUUGCAAUUAACAUGGACCCAACCACACCCCAGACAUUUGACAAUGCCUACUAUGGAAACCUUGUGCAAGGAAAAGGGUUGUUCACUGCAGACCAGGUUCUGUUUACUGAUCCAAGAUCAAGAGCCACUGUCACCCUGUUUGCAUCAAAUAAUGCAGCUUUUCAGAAUGCUUUUGUGGCUUCCAUGACGAAGCUUGGCAGAGUUGGGGUCUUGACAGGAAAUCAAGGUGAAAUCAGGGAAGAUUGCGCCCGUAUCAACUAGAAGGAAACUUCUUUAAUUAUUAUUAUUAUUUUUUUCUUAUUUUAAGGUUAGAUUUUCCACUUUUUUGCUUUUUAAAUUUAAAAAAGAAAAAUUUAUGGUUCCAUCUGAUAGUUCCAUUUUAUUUUGUGAGUGGAAACAAUAAUGUUUGAGGUUUUAUAUCUUGUAAUAUUUUUUAAUAAUAAAAAUUUGUUACUAUUUCUUUUUAUCAAAA